CGUACUGGUGCAGCACCGCAAAUUAAUAAUAAUAAACCAGAAGAAUAAAAUAUAAAGAAAGACGAUGACAUAAAUAACGAAAAACAAACACCUAACAAAAGGAGAUUGUGAUGAGAAACCGAAAAGCUUCGGACCAACAAAAGUAAAAUCUUCAGCAGAGAGAAUAGAAUCUCUCUAUUUCCCACCAUCGCAACGCAAAGCAACAUUCCCCGCUCCCACAAAAUUCACCCUAUUAUUAUUAUUAUUUUAAAAGAAAUUUUGAAAAAAAAAAAAACAUAGCCAAAGCAAACGCGAAUUCUAAAAAGCAGGCCUCAAAAGCAGGUCUCUCCACGACUCCAUCUAUCAUCGCUUCUUUCUCUUCCUAAUUCUUAUUCUCUCUCCCCCUCAACUUUUCUUCAUUUCCAAUCACCAUCUCUCAAUCUUUGUUAAUUGAACUUAACAGUGAUAGCAUAAAAAAUGAGCCCAUGACGACGCCGUCUCAACCUCCCGGAACCGUUCGCAAGCUGCUUGUCGAAGUUGUCAAUGCUCGUGAUCUUCUUCCCAAGGAUGGCCAAGGCAGCUCCAGUCCCUAUGUCAUCGCUGACUUCGAUGGCCAGAGGAAGCGAACCUCCACCAAGUAUCGGGACCUCAAUCCAGAAUGGAAUGAGACGCUUGAGUUCAUUGUCUCUGACCCGGAUAAUAUGGACUUUGAGGAGUUGGAAAUCGAGGUCUUCAAUGAUAAGAAGUACGGCAAUGGCAGCGGCCGCAAAAACCACUUUUUGGGAAGGGUAAAGUUGUAUGGUUCUCAGUUUUCCAAGAGAGGUGAAGAGGGGCUUGUUUAUUUUCCUCUCGAAAAGAAGAGUGUUUUUAGCUGGAUUAAAGGCGAGAUUGGGUUGAAAAUUUGUUACUAUGAUGAAUUGGUCGUCGAGGACCAACAGCCUCCGCCUCCCGCAGACAAGGAUGCACCGCCACCACAGGACCCGCCCAAGUCUCCGGCGGUUGUUGUUGUUGAAGAAGGCAGAGCUUUUGAGGUUCCUGCACAUCCUGAGAUUUCUCAUUCUCAUCGUUUUCCUGAUGGAUCUCAAUUGCCUCCUGUUGUCGUUAUCGAAGAAUCCCCACCUCCUGUGGUGCAGGUACACUCUGAACCACCUGCUCCAGAACCAGCGAUGCCACCUCCAGAGGGUAUUUACAUCCCGGACAUGAGGAAGAUGCAGACUACUAGAGUUGCUGCUUUUGGUGGUGAGAGAGUGAGAGUAUCGAGGCGGCCAGAUGGAGAAUUCUCUCCCAGAGUGAUUUCUGGAAAAUUUACUAGUGAAACUGAGAGAGUCCAUCCUUACGAUCUCGUUGAACCAAUGCAGUAUUUGUUCAUCAGAAUAGUAAAGGCACGUGGUUUAUCACACAACGAGAGUCCAUUCGUGAAGAUCAGAACUUCUUCGAAUCAUUCUAUGAGAUCUAAGCCGGCGAUUUACAGACCCGGUGAGCCAACUGACUCGCCCGAAUGGAAUGAGGUGUUUACACUGGCUCUCAACAGACUUGAUUUGGCGAGCUCGACUUUAGAAAUCUCUGUUUGGGACUCGCAGGGGCAGUACCUGGGUGGCAUUUGCCUCGGCCUCUCCGAUGUUCUUGUGAGGGACCCAUCGGAUAGUCCAUUGGCUCCUCAAUGGUACCACCUAGAAAGCAGCCACGGUCAGAAUAGCAGUAGGGUCUCCGGCGACAUCCAAUUAUCCGUUUGGAUCGGAACGCAAAACGAUGAUGCUUUCCGAGAAGCAUGGAGCUGUGAUGCGCCAAAUGUGGCUCAUACGCGCUCAAAGGUUUACCAGUCUCCCAAGCUCUGGUACUUAAGAGUCACAGUUCUUGAAGCCCAAGAUCUGCUCAUUGCUUCGAAUCUACCUCCAUUAACAGCGCCAGAAAUUCGAGUCAAGGCUCAUCUAGGAUUUCAAUCUGUAAGAAGCAGGCGAGGGUCAAUGAAUAAUCACAGUGGAUCCUUUCACUGGAACGAGGACAUGAUAUUCGUCGCCGGCGAGCCGCUGGACGACUCCCUUAUCUUGGUAGCGGAGGACCGUACAAACAAGGAAGCAAUAGCUCUCGGGCACGUAAUCAUUCCAUUGAGCUCGAUUGAUCAACGCAUAGAUGAGCGCCACGUGGCGCCAAAAUGGUUCUCAUUGGAGGGUGGAGCCAGUGUUGGACCAACAUGUGUAGUUGGGGGCUACCAGGGGAGAAUACAUCUCCGUCUCUGCUUGGAGGGAGGUUAUCAUGUGCUGGAUGAAGCGGCGCACGUAUGCAGCGAUUUUAGGCCCACGGCGACGCAGCUAUGGAAGCCAGCUAUGGGGAUUUUGGAGCUGGGGAUUCUAGGUGCCCGUGGCUUGAUGCCCAUGAAACACAAUCCAAACAAAGGAGGCAAGGGUUCCACCGAUGCUUAUUGUGUAGCUAAAUACGGCAAAAAGUGGGUCCGCACAAGAACCAUCAUGGACAGUUUUGAUCCUCGCUGGAAUGAGCAGUACACGUGGCAGGUUUAUGACCCUUGCACUGUCCUGACCAUUGGCGUCUUUGACAAUAGUCGUAUCUAUGUUGACCCUGCAGUCCCAGAAGAGGGGUUCGAUACUCGUAUAGGCAAACUCCGGAUACGAGUAUCGACACUGGAGAGCAACAAGGUGUAUAUGAAUUCCUAUCCUCUGUUGGUUUUGCAAAGAACGGGUUUGAAGAAAAUGGGAGAGAUAGAAUUAGCGGUUCGUUUUGCCUGCCCAAGUUUAUUGCCAGAUACUUGCGCUGUGUACGGCCAGCCAUUGCUUCCUAGGAUGCAUUAUCUCCGCCCACUUGGAGUAGCCCAGCAAGAGGCACUGCGUGGAGCUGCCACCAAAAUGGUUGCUUCGUGGCUUGGACGCUCCGAACCGCCGCUGGGGCAUGAGGUGGUUCAGUACAUGUUGGAUGCGGAUUCGCACACGUGGAGCAUGAGAAAGAGUAAGGCAAAUUGGUUUCGGAUCGUGGCUGUUCUUGCAUGGUUUGUCGGGCUGGCGAAAUGGUUGCAUAAUAUCCGGAGAUGGAAAAAUCCAGUUACGACAGUACUAGUUCACAUUUUGUAUUUGGUGCUUGUUUGGUACCCGGAUUUGAUUGUUCCUACCGGGUUUUUGUAUGUGUUUCUAAUCGGUGUAUGGUACUAUAGAUUCAGACCCAAAAUACCAGCGGGUAUGGAUAUACGGUUAUCUCAAGCGGAGACGGUGGAUCCGGAUGAGUUGGAUGAGGAAUUUGAUACUAUUCCAAGCUCAAAACCACCAGAAAUAAUCAGGGCUAGAUAUGACCGGUUACGGAUUUUGGCAGCCCGGGUCCAAACAGUCUUGGGCGAUUUUGCGACCCAAGGGGAGCGGGUUCAAGCUUUGGUGAGUUGGAGAGAUCCAAGGGCCACAAAGCUAUUCAUAGCGGUGUGUUUGGCAAUAACAAUAAUUCUUUAUGUGGUGCCUCCAAAAAUGGUUGCAGUUGCCUUGGGAUUUUACUAUCUGCGGCACCCAAUGUUCCGGGACCCCAUGCCACCGACUAGCUUGAACUUCUUCCGGCGGCUGCCAAGCUUAUCGGAUCGGUUAAUAUAGAUUUAGUAGAGUGGAUAUAUAGUAAUAGCAGAAAUUAAAAUUUUUGGGCACCAGAACAGGGGGAGAAUGUGAAAGUUGAAACAAUCAGAGCAAAGGACUGUUUUUGGUUGAAAAAGGAUGUCCAUAAUAAACCUAAUGAGGUGUGAAAAGAAAGUGGCAGGUUGGCAUCAUUUAUUAUUAUUAUUUUUUUUUAUCCCCCAAUUGAAAACUUGGGAAUAAGAGAAAGAAGCGGGGAAGGAGGCAGAUUGAAGAUUAAAGAAAGAAAAUUUUAGAGCCAGUAAAAUGGGAGGGAAGGAAAGUUUAAACAUUGCAAUGCUACUUUUUAAACUAUAAAAAGCUGCAAUUUUUUAUAACAGUAAAAUAUGUCUUCUUUCA